AUGGAUCCUUACAAAAGAGCUGAAAUUAUAGCAUCUCAUCCAGUUACUACUGCCAAAUUUUUUCAUUUAUUGAUUACCAAUAUUUUAAAUACUAUGAUUAUUGGUGGUGUUCUUGGACCAAUAAAGGGUUAUUUUGGUACUGUUGAAAGUCAAGGACGAGGUUCACUACAUUUGCAUCUUCUUAUUUGGCUUGACCAUGCUUUGACACCAGCUGAUAUGAAAGAAAAAAUUCAAGAUGCCAAUUUUCGUGAAAAGUUAAAAGCGUACUUAGAAGAUAUCAUCAAAGAAGAUUUAGAUGACUUCAAGGACAAACAUGUCUUUGAGAAUUUUAACGUACCAGGAUCAUUCGAUACUCCUCCACGAAUAUCACAAGACAAUAUUUAUGCAGCAUUACGAACUAUCGAUUUAACAGGCUGUGCAGAAAAUGUAUGUCCAUCUCAUGUUUGGGCAACGCCAAGAAAACAACAACUUUUUCCAUCGAUCCCAUACAGUUCGCCGUCAAUUCCUUAUGCUUCUCCAUCAUGGCAUCGAUCAUUGCAGACACCAACACAUGGUCAAUCAACAUCUGAUAUGAAUACUUUAAAUAACAAAUCAAAAUUAAUUCCAGCUUGCUUACCAACUCCAAAUCCAUCAUCGCCUAAUUUUACAGCACGCUUUCGUGCAGAUGUGGUACAACUUGUGGAAACAGGCAACAAGCACAAGCAUAGUGACACAUGUUACAAGUAUUCUAAUCCUAAACAAGGUGACAAGAAGAGUUGUCGAUUGGGUAUGCCACGCAAAUUAGUACCAGUUUCGACGAUUGAUCCGGACACCGGUCAUAUCUCUAUGCGACGAUCAGAUCCAUGGAUCAAUAAUUUUAACGAAUAUCUUAUAGCAGCUUGUCGUUCCAAUAUGGAUAUCAAAUUUAUCUGGAAUGGUAGUGAUGCAAAGGCUCUCGUUUAUUAUAUUACUGAUUAUGUGACAAAAAUGAGUCUCUCUUUUCAUGAUACACUUGCUCUUGUACAAAAAAGUGUUACAUCAAUCAUGAAUUCAUCCCAUCAAACAGACAAAGAAAAUGCAAUUGAAAAAUCACGAAAACUCGUUUUACGUUGUUACAAUACACUUGCUUCUCAACAAGAGCUGUCUGGAGUUCAAGUUGCUUCUUAUCUCAUGAGCUGGAAUGAUCAUUACACAACACACAAGUUCCAGGGUCUUUAUCUAAUUCAAACUGAACGAUUUUUACAAACUCAACUGGAUGAAAUGCAUGCAAAACACAAAGUGGAACUUUCAGGACAUGGUCAGUAG